AUCCCCACGCAAUAAACCACCGACCGUGCAAGAGCUAGAGUAUUCCAGAAUUCAAUUCAACACGAUUGAACGGUGCUAUACGUAACACUUGGCCGCCACUGCUAAAAUACCGAUUACCGAACCAGCAAACCUUAAUGUCAGAAACCGACAAAGUAAAGACACCCAUAAAAUAACCAUUUCCUUGUCCCUUCAAAAUUUACUUCGCAUCAAUGUCGUUCUUCGACAGGUUCAAAACUCAGUCGCAUGCUCCUUACGGGCAAGUCGGGUCAUAUGGGCAGUCCGAGUUUCCACCGGGGACGCACCCGGAUGUGAUACGGAGCUUUCAGAUGGUGGAUAGGGAUAGGAGCGGUUUUAUUGACGAGAAUGAGUUGCAGCAAGCUCUUUCUUCCACGUACCAGAGGUUUUGUCUCAGGACUAUCCGCCUCCUCAUGUUUCUCUUCAAGAAUCCCCGUGACCCACUAAGAAUUGGGCCCAAAGAAUUUGCUGCAUUAUGGAGUUGUCUUGGUCAAUGGCGGGCCAUAUUUGAGAGAUAUGAUAAAGAUAGGAGUGGCAAAAUUGACUUGUUUGAGCUGAGGGAUGCUCUCUAUGGUAUUGGCUUCGCUGUCCCGGCUUCUGUUCUCCAAAUUCUGAUUUCCAAGUAUGACAAUGGAAGUGGAGGGAAGGUGGAACUUAAUUUUGACUGCUUUGUUGAAUGUGGGAUGAUUGUGAAGGGCUUGACGGAAAAAUUUAAAGAGAAGGAUACAAAGUUUACUGGUUCAGCAACGCUUUCUUAUGACACAUUCAUGACUAUGGUCAUUCCUUUUCUUGUAACUUAUGAUUGAUUUGAUGUGAAUUUAUUAUUUGAUUUAGGUGAGAACUUAUAAAUUAAAAAUUAGUUUUGAUGAGCGUUUCUAUGUA